AUCAAGAAGCAUUACAGUAAUCAACGAAGUUCACGGCUGAUUUCUAUCUAAAUUUGUAUGCAAAAUUACGUGCAUUUUAGAAAUAUUUCCAGGGUUUAUAGACACAUGUCAAAGAAUGUCACAAGUACCCAUAUGGAGAAAACAAUAUCAAAACAAAGAGAACCUGUUACUGCUGUUGGAAGGAUAGUGCAGAUUGCACAACUUUCGAAGACCGUGAAGGAGAUUAGCAUUCAUGUCCCGAAUGUUGAGUUCAAGUUCAAAGCUGGACAGUGGGUCGAUUUUAUGAUUCCUGGUGUUGAAACUGUUGGAGGAUUCUCCAUGACGUCAAGUCCAGCAAAACUAGAGAAACACCGUAUAAUUGAUUUAGCCGUGAAAAGAAGCGAUCAUCCACCUGCACAUUGGGUGCAUUCACAGUGUCGCGUUGGAGACGAAGUAUCGUUGACAGUUGGUGGCGACUUUUUCUACGAUCCAAUGACGGAAAAUUCUAAACAAUUGCUCUUCAUUGCCGGUGGAGUUGGAAUUAAUCCACUGUAUUCUAUCAUACAACAAAUCUAUCAAUCCUUAAAAAGCAGCAAUCUUGAUGAAGAUGUUAAGUUUGAACUUCUCUAUUCGGCUUCCGACCUGCAUGAGCUGAUAUUCAAGGAUGAACUCGAUGCCAUAGCUGAAGCAACAGGAAAUUUCAAAUGCCAGAUGUUUGUUACACGAGAUAAACCCGCAACGAACAUCGUAUGGGGCCGUAAAGUUAAACUUGAACGGAUUAGUGCACAAGUAUUGGAAGAGACGUUAAGAAACUUUAAUACAUCCGCUAUGACCGUCUUUGUGUGUGGACCUCCGUCUAUGAUACAGUUCAUCACCAGCGCCUUAAAGAACGCAGGUGUUAGCAAUUCGAAUAUUAAACAGGAGCAAUGGUGGUGAUUUCUCAGGUUAUGACAGGGAGGGACUAUAUACUCCAGUAAUAUUCCAACUUGAUCAGUGGCAUAAACCAAACAUAUUUCCACUUCGUCAGUGAUAACUUCAUGUGAUGGGGGUGAAAAGGUGGUGGAGGAAGGCGGGGGGGGGGGAGGUUUGGUUGCAUGAUAUUUUAAAAAAUUCCAUUAUCAUGCACGAACCGUAAAUACAAUCGCAUUCAGAACAGUCCAGUGGUUCAUAAGUCGUAUAUUAUUAUGAUUAUUAUUUAUGUAAAAGUAAUCACAGCUUUUGAUUGGCCUAAA